CAGGAGACAAAUAACGUUGUGUGCGUGCGUCAGUAAAAGGCAAUCAGUCAGUUUGCCAAAUAAAAAAGUGCUUAUGGGAAUACCAGCUGGGGCGGAUCGAAUUUGAUUGAAGGUUUCGCACAAAUUUUGCAGUGUUUAUUGUAAAACUGCAGUCCCCUCACGCUGUCGUCGGUCUGGUGCAGUAGGUUCGUUAUUGAAUUGUGCGAAAAAAAGGCCGCGUGCUAGGUACAACGAGCCCGUUCCGUGUAAAUAGUUGGUGUGUGCUUUGUUGGUAGGAAUUGCGUGUCCACCGCACUACGACACACAGCUACGCGAUGAUAAUGAAGCUUCUGCACCCAACAGCAGCAUCACAAUAGUCGAUGGCAAACAGCAAAAGUACGGUGCCGAAUUCAACACCACGCGCGAAGGACGACGGCUUUUUCGACAUUUCUGCCAGUGUAGCGAACGGACGCGAGUCCCCCUGACGCAAGUGGUGUUCUGCUCGAUCUAACAUCCGCGCACCGUCUAUUGAUGCUGUGUGAUUAGAGCCUGCCACCACCAGUCAGUGCAAUCGACCAGCGUUAGCAGCAAGCUGCGUGCUCGACCGUGAUUUCCGUGGCGUCAACCAACAGUUCUCUUUUAGUGCAGUGCGUUGACUAUUCGAUGGUGCCAUCCGUCGGAUAACAAAGAACAGCAUCGGUCAAAUGACCUCCGAAGGAACGCUUGUGGAUCUGGACUUCGGAGACACAAGCCACAGUCAGCCCGCUAGUACCACCGUCGUCACAUCAAACGGACUCGCUACUUCGAUCCUUGCGGCCGCAAACGGAUCGGUGAGCAACGACCUAAGACCGUCUGAAACUAGCCCACACGCGACGCUACUUGAAAAGGUGAAUCAGCUAACGAUCGUGCCCGGUGCACCCGAACUACGACAACAACAGCAACCAGCAUCGAGCAACGGUGAACGAGACGGGCAGCAAGAUGCGAUCGUGAGCGACCUGUUACUGCCGUGCACUGUACCGUUGUUUGGUGGCGCCGCGGCAGACAAUAAGCAGAGCGUGAACAGCCAAAGUUCGUCGCGGCUGUCUGCAUCUUCAGCCUCGACCGUGGCCACCAACGUAGUGGACGUCGGGGACGGUACGCCGCUCGUGCUACCGGACGUUAGCUUCGAAGGCAUCACGCUGGAUUCCGGAAUCGAUCGGGAAUCGCAACCCCUGCUGGGGUCGCGCGAUCAUGAGAUUACCUACAACCAAUUUCCCGAUGAUCCUCACUUCAGUGAUCUAGUAUACUCUGCAGAGAUAGCGAUCGAUGCUGGCAUCUAUCCGGAACGUAUCUACCAGGGAAGCAGUGGGUCGUACUUUGUGAAGAAUCCCGCCAAAAAAGUGGUCGCCGUUUUCAAACCAAAAGAUGAAGAACCGUACGGAAGGUUAAAUCCCAAGUGGACCAAAUGGAUGCACAAACUGUGCUGUCCGUGCUGUUUUGGACGCGCCUGUCUGAUACCGAACCAAGGGUAUCUGUCGGAAGCCGGAGCUAGUCUAGUGGACCAAAAACUAAAUCUAAACAUCGUGCCGAAGACACGCGUCGUGCGGCUCGUCUCGGAAACGUUCAACUACCCGCGCAUCGAUCGGCAAAAGGCACGCAUCAAGAAAACGAUCAAGGAGCGCAUCCCGGCGGCCCGCUUCAAUCGCAUGUCGCUCCCACCGAAGACCGGCUCGUUUCAGCUGUUUGUCGACGGGUACAAGGAUGCCGAUUACUGGUUGCGCCGGUUCGAGCAGGAACCGCUGCCGACGCGGCUCGGCCAAAAGUUUCAGCUCCAGUUCGAGCGGCUGGUCGUGCUGGAUUACAUUAUACGCAACACGGACCGGGGCAAUGAUAAUUGGCUGAUCAAGUACGAUCAGCCAUCGAUCGUGCCGACCAGCCCGACGGCCGCGAGUCCGAACGGCGGGCUGGCGAACGGGGCGAGCGGAGCGUAUAUCCCGCGCAGCAGCAGCCGGCUGGAGAUGAUGGAGCACACGGACUGGAAUCUGGUGCAGCUGCCCGAAAUACGGAUCGCGGCAAUCGAUAACGGGCUUGCGUUUCCCUUCAAGCAUCCGGAUUCAUGGCGUGCCUACCCGUACCAUUGGGCCUGGUUGCCGCAGGCGAAGCAACCGUUCAGCCAGGACAUCAAGGAUCUGGUGCUGCCCUCGCUGUCCGAUCCGAACUUCUGCGAGGAGCUGUGCAACGAGCUGUACGAGCUGUUCAAGCAGGACAAGGGCUUCGACCGCGGUCUGUUCGAGCGGCAGAUGUCUGUGAUGCGCGGUCAGAUGCUCAAUCUGACCCAAGCUUUAAAGGACGGCAAGAGCCCGGUACAGCUGGUCCAGAUGCCGGCCGUCAUCGUCGAGAGAUCGAAGGUUAAUCCGGGAUCGUCGAGAUUUUUCUCAUUCCAGCAGCGCUUCCAAAACAAGAGUCCGUUCUUUUCCUGGUCGACGACUUCCGACGAGAGCCCGAAACGACAGCAUGAGCGUGGUGGUGGUGGUGGUCCGUCGGGAACGAGCCAUCAUCGAGCCUUUUACUAUUUCGGCAUUCGGCCGCUUUCAGUUUCGUUUUUUGGUUCGAUCGGAGGGUUUUUUUUUGCCAGGAGGGCACCGCUCCAAACUCCCAUUGUUCAAAUCCUGAUGGCCGAAACAAUACUCGAACACGUGGCGUCGGACGGCGUGUGCUCAGUGCAGGCAGAGGAUCCGUGUGCAGCCGCUGUCUACUGUGGCAGUGAGCAAGUUCCAUUAGGGUCCGAGAUUCCCUGCCGUUCAACACUGCCGACCGGGCCGUGUGUUGAAAAUCCGGAUAUCGUGUGCCUAAAUCCGCCGUACUCCGACGGGGCCAACUGUUGUGCCGGACCGAGCGAACAGCCCGUAACCAUCGUAGACGAUUGUGCUGGUGUACCGGCCGACUGUGCUACCGAGAUGCCGCAAUGUUGUAAUUGUGCCUGCGGCAGGCCAGGAUGCGUGCCUACGAAGCGUGUGCGCUACGUUCAGCCGCCGAAACGGGAAUCCUGCAAACCGAUCGUCACGUACAAACCGCCCGAGGUGGAAUUUGGAGGCGAUUCGGUGUACAAAACGUCCUUCAACGCGGAUCCGCAGCUCGUGGUCAAUGCGCGCCCGCUGGCAAUCAAACCGCAGUGCCAUCUGGUGCCACAUCCCGGAAGCUUGGAGAAGACCACUACUACAGCGCUCUCCUACCCUGGUUACAACAAUGUAGAUCGAGCGCAACCGAUCGUUCCGACCGGCAAUCAGCUGAUACAGCCGGGACCGUUACAGGAGAUGACCACCAGCCGGCAUGAUUAUGUGGCGAAAACGACACCCAAGCGGUACAAAAUCGUUCCUGCCAGCCAUAUGCACGUGCACAGUGCACCGUUCGAGAAGCAAACGAUGAACAAGCUGUCCUACAGCUGCCCCAACAUGGCCAGCUUUGAGCCGGCACGCUCCUGCAAACCGUUGCGCGAGUACGAACGUCCCGAGAUUCCGAUGCAAUCGGAAACAACGUCAAAGCUCAGCUACGGUCCGAUCUGUCCACCGCCAAAGGAAGACGUGCCGUGGGCACGGCGUGCCUGCUAUCAGCCACCGGACGUACCGAUGGACAACGAGACGACGUACAAGAGGAGCUUCAUGCCCGGCUGUGCGAACGAGCGUGUCAAGAUGGUGCUGCCGUACAACAAUCUCUCCGUAGCUGCCGGUUCGGGUUUCGAAUCGAAGACGGUGUACAAGGAGAGCUACCACAGUGCCACCUGCGGCGAGCGCCCGCCCCCGAUCCGACCGACCGCCCAUCUGCGGGUGCCCAACCAAAAGCUGGAGGAUGACACGGUUUACAAGACGUCAUUUGCCACGCACUGCCACGCGGAACGUCCGGCGCCGAUACUUCCGCGCCCGGCGCCACUCAUCGGCGAUGGUCCGAUGCAGGAGAUGACCACACAACGGCAUGACUUUGUCUGCAAAGGGCAGGCAAGGCGGGAUCCCAUAGUGCCGCAAGGUUCGCUGGCGAUGCCAACCGGGCGGGUAGAGAGUGCCACCGUGAAUCGGUUAACCUACACGUCCAACAAGGAAAACAUGGUUCCAACGAAAUCGUGCAAACCCAUCGUAACCUACAAGCGACCGGAAGAACCGAUGGAGAGUGAUACGACGCAGAAGCUUAGCUAUAUGCCGGUCUGCCCUCCACCGAAGGAGCAGUAUCCUUGGGCGCAACGGGCGCGCUAUCAGCCACCGAACAUGCCGAUGGAUUCGAUGACGGUACAAAAGUAUAGCUACGCACCGCCCGGCCAGUACGUGGAGGAACCCUGCUCCAGCACGGCGGGUUGCUGCCAGUCGUGCAAUCCAGCGGCAGUGAAUUGCUGUGCCACCGUGGACACGGCGUGCAAUGGUGUUAGUUACCCGCGAGCAGCAAUUGUGAAGUAGUACUCCUCAAUACGUUCCAACGCUCGAGCAGCAGUCGGUCUGGCGGCUGGCGCUGUGUGAGUGUAGCAACCAAAAAUCCUAAUGUGUUUAUAUUAUUCCAUUUUUCUGUUGUUGAUAUGCUAAAACCAAAAAUCCGGUUAAAAACUUCUUCGGUGAAAUAAAAGCUGGCGAUAUUUACAAAAAAGAGGGCUUUUAAACAGAUACGACUUGCACGGUGCAGUACAAUGCUUGAAGUGACUUCCGAGCGGAAAAUCUGAGCACUUGUCUCCAGAACUGUUAGCAAACAAUUAUCAGCAUGAUUGGUCGCGUUAAGCCUGUUGCUCUGCACCUUAUAGCUACGCCUGAUUGAUUAAAGCUGAUGGUCACAAUUUAACAAA